GGGAAAAGCUUUAGUCAGCGCUCACACAUUAUCGCACAUCAGAGAAUCCACACAGGGGAGAGGCCCUAUGAAUGCCGUGAGUGUGGGAAAACCUUCACUCAAAGAUCAACCCUUUCUGUUCAUCAGAGAAUCCACACAGGGGACAGGCCCUACGAAUGCCGUGAGUGUGGGAAAACCUUCAGUGACUACUCAGCCCUUCUUAAUCAUCAGAGAAUCCACACAAGGGACAGGCCCUACGAAUGCCGUGAGUGUGGGAAAAGCUUCACUCAAAGAUCAGUCCUUUCUAGACAUCAGAGAAUCCACACAGGGGACAGGCCCUAUGAAUGCUGUGAGUGUGGGAAAAGCUUCACUCACAGAUCAGCCCUUUCUGUUCAUCAGAGAAUCCACACAGGGGAGAGGCCCUACGAAUGCAGUGAGUGUGGGAAAACCUUCAAUUGCAGAUCAGACCUUUCUAAACAUCAGAUAAUCCACACAGGGGACAGGCCCUACGAAUGCCGUGAGUGUGGGAAAACCUUCAAUCGCAGAUCAGACCUUUCUAAACAUCAGAGAAUCCACACAGGGGACAGGCCCUAUGAAUGUGAGUGUGGGAAAAACUUCACUAGCAGCUCAGACCUUUCUAAACAUCAGAGAAUCCACACAGGGGGAAGGCCCUAUGAAUGUCGUGAGUGUGGGAAAAGCUUCACUCACAGAUCAGCCCUUUCUAGACAUCGGAGAAUCCACACAGGGGACAGGCCCUACAAAUGCCGUGAGUGUGGGAAAACCUUCACUCAAAGAUCAACCCUUUCUGUUCAUCAGAGAAUUCACACAGGGGAGAGGCCCUAUGAAUGCCGUGAGUGUGGGAAAACCUUCAAUCGCAGAUCAGCCCUUUUUACCCAUCAGAGAAUCCACACAGGGGACAGGCCCUACGAAUGCCGUGAGUGUGGGAAAAACUUCACUAACAGCUCACACCUUUCUAGACAUCAGAGAAUCCACACCGGGGAACAGAGUCGCUAUGAUUGGAGAUGA